UUCACCGCAAAAAUCACAACUUUUCUUGAGCUUUGAAGUUGCCAAGGAAAAAUAUGAAGUUGUGAUGGCUUUUUCACUUAGUUGAAAAGGCUACAAAAAUUGAUAGUUGUGAGCUACUUUUGAUAUGUAAAUGUUGAUCAAAACAAACUGUUGAAUUUGAGUAGACUUUUUAUAUAGAAAGAAUUUCAUGGAGAUAGAGGGGAGAGGCUACUCAGAGUUUUACAGGAACACGAGCGAGGAGCUUUUUAUCAAGACGAUGAUGGAGAGCCCCGUUGGAAUACCAGCUCCGACAAUGGAGAUGUUGGGAUUCAAGAACCUCACGCAGAGUUUCCGAACAGACAGCGAGGAGCUCUUCAAGAGCUGGCUCACAAAUGUAGAGAACAGUGGCUGCCCUUCAGCAGGCCUCGGGCAUCGCCCUCGACAAGCAUCAAGAAGGAUCUCCACAGAACUAGCUGGUUUGAGCAAUCAAAACGCAGCUGCAAUGCAGAAGAAGAUAAACGAAGAUACGUUCCAACAAACCAGUUAUGUGGCUGCUGGUGAUUCUUCAACUGAUCUUGAAUCAACAAGAAGUGGAGUUGAGAAAGGAGUGCAGGCUAGCAAUCUGUUUCUGGCAAAGGCAUGGUUCAACAGUUCUCAGCCUAUGACAAGGAGCAGAUCAUCUGAAUUGAGGUACAUUUUCUGUUUUUUUUAA